CAAGUCUAGCUAUCGGAAAUCUCGAUAUCAAGUGCAUUGCUUUCCACCUGAACUGGCAAGUCAAUGACGGUCUUGCAUAAAUUGUUUAGAAAGGGGGACAUUCACGAGAACGGACCGUCCGCAUUAAUCCCUCGGGAACCCAAGUACCAUACCCACAACACAAAGCCAUCUACAGCCUCAGUGUGUUGCGUCAUCUGUAGGCCCUGGGUUCUUCACGAGUAGGACACUCCUGACGUCAGUGUCUCGUACUUUUACCUCAUCGUGUGAUUCUACUACCAUGACAACAUCAACGACAACACCGACAACUACUAUUUCACCAUGCGGCUACCCUCCCGCCCUCCUCAACGGGGAGAUCGUCAGAAUAACGUCAUCGACGGCGGAGUAUGGCUGCCUCGCCGGCUUCGUCAUGAGCGGCCCUAAAACCAUCAUCUGCAGCGGCACCAACUGGGCAACCGACCUCCCUUCGUGCGCUGUCAUUGACCAGAGUCCCGAGGUCUACGUGUUUGCCGACUGGUGGCAAUACUUCCUGGCGGCUCUCCUCUCCUUCAUCGCCCUUCUCCUCCUCGCCUUCCUCAUCUGGUGCUGCUGCUGCAAUUCGGCAAAAGUAUUCCCCGUUGGAAGUAGUUCCGGUGGAUGUUGCAGUUCUUGCCGGAAGUCAGGAGGACGCAGCACUGCGCAUGACGACAUACAUGAUUCCCAAAGGUAUUAUCAUUCAAGAACUGGGCUGAUCGACAUGGAGGAUGGUAUAUACCUGGUGCCGAUGCGACAGACGAGCAGCAAGAAACCUCCCAGUAACGGCCACGCCCCGGUGCAUCCGGAUAGCCCCCACCCCACGCCCCGGAGUGACGGCCAGAUCCGCUUCAUGCAAGUAGUCCAAGAAGUGGUGGAUGAAGACAAGAACCGGAAGAAAGCCAAGCCUAUUAACCAAUGGAUGCCUCACUCACAUCCGGUUAGAAAUAUCAACACCAGUACAAAGUAGUGCGCGUUGGGCAGACAACAUGCACAGAUAAACUUUUUUAUAAAAACUUGCGGACAUUUUUGUAUUGAUCAACAAUGCUCUGACGUUUCAUGGAUACUCAAUUUUCUGUAGAUAUACAGGCUUACCCAUCACGGGAUUUCGGGAAAGACUAGAUCCCCAUGACCCAAUGAUUGUCUAGCAACUGACUAUAAUGAGGAUCAGGUGGUAAGAGCUCGUGACCUUGAAAGAUGUGGGUCAUCGUUUGUUGUGUUGCUCAUGCUAUCAAUCACUGGUUGAUCUGGUCCAGGGAGUAUAUUUACAGCCCGUCGUGAUGUAGCAGGAUAGUUGUUGUCUGUUUAGUAAACAUUCAUCGUUGACAUAUACUCGCCGAUAAAAGAAACGCGAAUACCAUACAUGUUGGUUAAUAUUUGAAGAAUUACUCAUAUUCGAACGAUAUUAAUUGGUUUGAUGCACAAACGAACAUACUGGUAUGUUGUGUAAACCGAUGCUCGUGAACGCGUCACAUGUGACGUCAUGGAUCCAUGACUCGAGAUGCACCAUUUGUCUCGUGCAGGAUUAACGUGUAAAAUUUUGGAAAUCACGUGCUGCAUAUCGUGAUGAAAUUAGAAACACUGUGGUAAUUCUUGACUGAUUGUCAGUUUUGCCAUUAAGUGGUACACAUUGGAAACAUCUCUUCUUAACGCACAUACUUCUCCAAAUGUUUCAAUAGUUCGCGUUUCUUUCGGCGGUGAGUCCAUAUUAAGGAGGUACCGUAGAUAUCUUUAUAUCUUUCACAUGGGUUAUAUUUCGUCUGAGUGAGUGAGUGAGUGAGUAUGGUUUUACGCCGCUUUUAGCAAUAUUCCAGCAAUAUCAAGGCGGGGGACACCAGAAAUGGGCUUCACACAUUGUACCCAUGUCGGGAAUCGAACCCGGGUCUUCAGCGUGACGAGCGAACGCUUUAACCACUAGGCUACCCGACCGCCCCUUAUUUCGUCUGAAUGUUCAUGACAUGUUCGUGGUCACCCUCUAUUACAUUACAAGAACAUGUAAACAUAUUUCUUGGUAAACUGACAUGGAAGAUUUUAUUUUCAGUGUGAAAAUACGUUUUCAAGAGUGUCCGUAUUCUUUUCAACAGGUGCAUCCAUCACUGGCAUUUGAGACGUACAAAAUGGAUGAUAGUAUUUCAAUGUUAUUGCCACGAGUAGCAAAAAUUCGGCAAGAUAAAUAUAUGAUCCUGUUGUGACACUUAAUAAAGAUAACAAAUGGAAAUAUUGAAACCGGUAUCUACAUGCACAUUGAAAACCGGGAGCAAUUCCAGAUGACGUCAAUACUGAUGUAAACGCGUGUAUCGGGUACUGUCAAGCAGAACAAAUUCAUGCGAUGGUUAACGUUGCCAGUUCCAACGGCAGGUCAUGGCGUCAGGUGGAUAUUCAGUAAUAGUGCGGGAGAGCAUAUUAGGGUAUUAGACUUAAAAUGUUCUAGCCAUGUUUUAUAGCCACCGUAGCUUUUAAGAAUAAUCUAAUAAUGUCAGAGGGAACGAGAAAUAUCCUCAUUGUAAAGGUCACUGUGUUGUAAAAACAGCUAUCACAACAACAAAAAUGACCUUGUUAAGUAGAAUUGUAGUUCAUGAACUUCUGGAAGGGUUGACUUGAGAAUAAAGAAGUAAACGUGACAAGACCAUUUCCAAAGUAAAAGAAAUCUCUACCAAAAGCAGGGUCCAUUAUACGAUUCCGACUAUAUCAUGAGCAUGUGUUUUUAAUCACUUUCAAAUAGUGAUAAUACCAAGUGUUCGCGAAAAAGGUUAGCGUAUCCUGCCCCACCGGUGUACUCGUCACAAAC